AUGGGUUCCAUGAAAGGGCGUAACCACUUUAAGAAGAUCCAGAACUUCAAGCCAGACUACACCGACGCUGAGAUCACUCAGUAUGAGUCCCAACGAACUGGUAUGCGCAUCGUUGUAGUAGACCGCAAAGGCCCCAAGCUCUACGGAUACUUUAGCGUCGCGACAGAGAUCUUUGAUGAUUCAGGAGCCCCGCAUACGCUCGAACAUCUGGUUUUCAUGGGGUCAAGGAGGUACCCUUUCAAAGGCGUAUUGGAUAAGAUUGCAACUCGAGCCUAUUCAGAUACCAAUGCCUGGACUGACACCCAUGAGACCGUCUACUCUCUGACCACCGCGGGCUGGGAGGGCUUUGCGCAGUUACUACCCAUCUACCUUGACCAUGUCAUCGUGCCCACGCUUACUGAUGCUGCUUGUUACACUGAGGUGCACCAUGUGGAUGGCAAAGGCAUUGAUGCUGGUGUGGUCUAUUCGGAGAUGCAGGGUCGCGAAAACCUCCAGGGCGAUCUCAUGGAUCUCCAGAUGCGUCGCCAUCUCUAUCGUGAUGGGGACGGGUUCCGUUAUGAGACGGGUGGACUGACCCAAAACCUGCGCGUCUUGACCGCUGAUCGCAUUCGUCAGUUCCAUAAAGACAUGUACCAGCCCAAGAACCUCCGCGUCGUCCUGAUAGGAGAGGUGGACCACGGCAAUCUGCUCGAAAUCAUGGAUGAGUUUGAGAACCACAUUGUCGAUCAUGUACCGUCGUAUAAUGCGCCCUUCAAGCGUCCCUGGGUUGACUCGAAGCGUACCCUUCCGCUCAAGGAGACGGUUAUUGAUACAGUGGAGUUCCCGGAAGAGGAUGAAUCGACCGGCGAGGUUCAAAUUGCGUUUAUCGGCCCGGAGGCUCGCGAUGACUUGGCCGAGACGGCUUUGAAUACCGCGCUGAUGUAUCUUGCCGGUUCCUCAGUUUCGGUGCUCGUCAACGCAUUGGUGGAGAAGGAACAUCUUGCCAGCAUGGUCUACUUCUGGGUCAAGAAUCACUACGAUAUGCUCAUCUGGUUCACUCUGACAAGUGUAGCGACAGAGAAGCUCGCGGAUGUAGAGAAGCGCUUCUUCGAAGUCCUCCGGGACCACAUGUCCAAGCCGCUUGAUAUGGCGUACAUGAAGGACUGCCUCCAUCGUUUCAAGCGUCAGGUCAGAUUUACGUCCGAGGUUUCCAACGAUGAGUGGAAGGACCCUGUGCUCAAAGAUCACCUGUUCGGGAACCGGGAUGGCUCCGAUCUACAGCAUGCUUUGAGCUCCCUGAGCGAUUUCGAUAUUUUGGAGCAGUGGACAGAGGACGAUUGGAAGUCAUUUAUAAAGAGAUGGAUAUCUGACGCCCAUCACGUCUCCAUUCUUGGGAAACCUUCCAUCAAAUUGGCCGAAAAGAUCAAGGCCGAUGAAGCCGCGCGUAUCAAGGAGCAGCAGGAGAGGCUUGGCGAAGAGGGCUUGAAGCAACUUGCUGAGAAGCUCGAGCAGGCAAAGGCGGAGAACGACAAGCCGAUUCCUGAGGAGAUCCUGGCCAACCUGAAAGUCCCCGGGACAGAGUCGAUCCAUUUCUUCGACACUAUCAGUGCUCGCUCUGGUCUUGCUCGGAAGCUUGGCGUUUCUGGCAACAGCAUUCAGAAAGUCAUUGAUAGUGACGAGAACGGCCUCCCUCUCUUCAUCCAUUUCGAGCACAUCCGCACAUCCUUCGUCCACUUCGGUGUUGCCAUGGGCACGGCAGGCAUUCCCACGGAGCUGAAGCCGCUUCUCGGAGUCUACCUGACCAAUUUCUUCGCCACGCCCAUCAUGAAAGACGGAAAGCGCGUCGAAUUCGAACAAGUCAUCACCAGCCUUGAACAGGACACCAUCGAAUACAGUAUUGACCGGGGCACCGACAUUGGCAAUUCUGAGAUGGUGUAUGUCUACUUCGUGGCCGAAGCCGAGAAGUUCGAAACGGUAGUCAAGUGGCUCGCAACCUUGCUCACAGACUCUCUUUUCGACACCGAGCGCCUCAUCGCCAUUGUCAAGCGCAUGGUCGCCGACGUGCCCGAUGAGAAGCGUGACGGCAACAGCAUGGCCUUCUCCAUCGACCGCAUGAUCCACUACGCGCCCGCCUCUUCCGUCCGCGCCACAAACACGCUCGUCAAAGCCGUCUAUCUAAAGAAGAUCCUCAAACUCCUGAAGACAGAUCCCGACCAGGUAAUCCAGAAAUUGGAAUCAUUGAGGAAACACCUCCUCAACUUCUCCAACAUGCGGGUCCUUGCCAUUGCCGACUUCACUACCUUGCCCAAUCCCGUCUCUACCUUCAAGCACCUCACAGACGCAAUCAAGCCCCCACAAGACCCCUCCGUCAACCCCAUCGACUCCCGCAAAGCAGUGCUCUCGGACAUUGGCCGCAACCCAGGAGGCGCGGCGUACAUUGUCCCAAUGCCGAUCGACAGCUCCUUCGCCGUCUUCACCUCUAAGGGCCCGGACAGCUACACGUCCCCGCAACUCCCACCACUCAUGGUCGCCCAAGCCUACCUCGACGCCGUCGAGGGACCCAUGUGGCAGAACAUCCGCGGCACGGGACUCGCAUACGGGGCGAAUUUCUUCCGCGACGUCGAAACGGGCCUCAUCAAGUUCCGUAUCUACAAGUCGGGCAACGCGUACAACGCGUACCGCAAGGCGAAAGACGUCAUCGCGGGGUAUGUGGACGGGACCACGCAGUUUGAGAAGCUGGCGCUCGAGGGCGCCAUUUCGAGCAUCGUGCGGGAGUUUUUGGAUGAGAAGGCGACGAUUGUGGAGGCGGCGAGGGGCGCGUUUACGGAUACGGUGGUGAAAGGGGUCGGGAAGGGGUAUAAUGACUGGGUGCUUGCCGAGGUGAGGAAGGUGACCGCCGAGGAUGUGAGGAAUAUCCUCAAGGAGGUGGUGGGGAACGUGUUUAAGCCCGAGACGGCUGACUUGGUGGUUACGUGCGGCGGGAAUGCCGUGGAGGGCAUGAAAGAGUCAUUUGAAAAGGACGGAUUCAAGAUCCAAGUUAAGCAGCUCGUCGAUUUCCAAGAUGGUUAUGGGCUUGAAGGGGAGGAAGACUCGGCUGAAGAUGAAGAAGAUGAUGAUGAGGAGGGCGACGAGGAGGGCAGUGAAGACGAGAGCGGAAGCGAUGGCGAGUAG